ACCUCACCACCAAGCAGCAGCGUAAACUGCUACAACACGGGUAAAAGUCAGUCUCUGCUCGCUCUCGCUCUCUCUUCUCCUCCGCGUCCGCCCCCUGCGUCCUCGCCCGCGCGCAGGAGUCAACAGCGUCGGUGUGCCGAUGAAUCUGGCGGAGCGAGCGGCGCCGGGGCAGAUGGUGGGCCUCCUCAAGGUGCGGGUGCUGCGAGGGGUGAACCUCGCCGUCCGGGACCUGUGGAGCAGCGACCCCUAUGUCAUACUCAAGAUGGGCAAACAGAAACUGAAGACUCGAGUAAUAAAAUGCAAUACUAAUCCUGUUUGGAACGAGGAGCUGACACUUUAUGUUGAAGACCCUACCCUUCCAGUGAGACUCGAAGUGUAUGACAAGGACACAUUCAGCCUCGACGAUCGUAUGGGCAAUGCAGAGUUUGAUAUCCACCCCUUCGUGGAGGCUGUGAAGAUGAACUUGGAGGGUCUCCCAAAUGGCACCAUAAUAAGAAAGGUGGUGCCAUGUCGGCGAAACUGCUUGGCCGAGGAGAGUCAUGUGUACUGGUCGGAUGGUGAGGUGGUUCAAGACCUUGUCCUGAGACUAAGAAAUGUGGAGCGUGGUGAAGUGGAACUGCAGCUUCACUGGAUCAGCAUUCCAGGUUCCGGAGGCUCAUGACUGUUCUGAUAUAAGAGUGUUAUCAGUCCUGUAAGCCUUGGAGAGCUGUUUGUUGUCUCCAUAUGUUUAAGUAGAAUUAGAUGCUUAUAGUGUGUAGAUUGUCAGAACAGGCACCCAAGUUUAAUAAGCAGUGCUGCUGAAGACAAAUUCUAUACACUACAGUUUUAUGCCUUGUUAUGGCCACUUGAUGAUUUAGUUGGAGGAGCCUUUGGUCAUCUGGAUCUCAGUAUGUAUGAAAUCUUGGAUAUAUUAUGGAACUAAUUCCAGUGGCAUGUUGUUAUAGUA